AUGGAACCUUUUCAGGAUCCAUUAGAGUUAGACCAAUACAAAAGAAAGUUAGGUUUCGAUAAUGCCCUAGCCAACUAUUCCGAGAAAAUUUGGAUCUUCUGGAGGGAUGAUUGGGAAGGUACUUUGCUUAUGGAUUCUAUACAACACAUAUCUAUGAAAUUCUGUAAAAACAAUAGUUCUUUCAUUAUUUCAUCAAUAUAUGCUAGGUGUAAUGCGUUGGAUAGAUUGGAAUUAUGGGAGGAAUUAGAAGGUAUCGCAGAAUAUUGGCGGAUACCUUGGAUGGUUGGGGGUUAUUUUAAUGUAGUUAUUGAUGAGGAAGAGAAAUUGGGAGGCCUUGAAUUCACUCAACAGGAGGCUAUUGAUUUUGCUCUUUGGAGUAAAUAUACUUGGUGGAAUGGACGAAUAGAUGAAGCUUGUAUAUUCAAGAGAUUGGAUAGAAUUUUAGUGAAUGCUUUGUUCACAGAGGAAUUUUCAUCCAGUGAAACUAAACACCAUAAAUUCAAGGAAGUAGUACAACAACACUGGAGGAUUGAGUUUGCUGGUAGCCCUUUUUUGGAGGUUCAUGCUAAGCUGAAAAGGGUAAAAAGAGCUUUAGCUAAAUGGAGUAGGGAUGUCUUUGGUAACAUUUUCCAGCAAAUUGCUACUGUUGAGGAUUUGAUCAAGGUUAAGGAGACUCAAUUGGAGAUUCUUCCUACAGUAGAAAACAGAGCGGAGCUGAGUAGAAUGGAGACAAAAUUGAGAAAAUACCUCAAGAUUGAAAAAGAAUAUUGGAAGUAA